CAUCUCUCCCUCGUCGAUGCGGAAGUGGGCGGCUGGAAGUUGCAUGAAAAGAUCCAAAUGGGAUACUGGAAUGCGAGCGCCUCUAGUCGGGCUCGUACACUUACUGCUGGUCGUUACCGCCUACAACAUCAGACCCAGGCAUGCUAUCGGCCCAACACAUGAAAUUUCUAUUGAGCUGCUGAAGAGUGUCUCUGAUCAAUUAGAAAAUGACAUGAAAGGAUUCUACAAAGACGAAGAAAAUGGUCCAAAUGAGGCAAUCAUAGGAACAAAAUCUACAUCAGUGCAUCAAGGAGGUGCUGAUAUUACCGUCCGGUUGUAUCCGGGUGGAAUGAGCUAUCUUUUUGAGCAAGUGAUGCUUGCCAUCCGCCAUGAUGCAAGGCGCCAUCGUCCUCAAAUGCUACGCGCAUCGUAUCAUGGCCUCGAUAUCCGCGUCGAUUCCCUCCAAAUCGUCGACUUUAUUGUACCCAAACUGAGUGCUGAGCAUCUCGGUGGCUCAAAUUUUCGUUUCCUCACACAUGGAGGCGGAUUGCGCUAUCUUGGUCUCUACUCUGCCACUUACAGAACUACUAGAGAAGGACAGUUUGAGGCCAUAAUGGAAGAUAUGCAAAUCCAAUUGGACGUGACGAUUGAAAAGUCCAAAGAAAAAUCAGUGGUUACGCUCAGCAAAUGCAUUACGAAAUUCGAUGACGUGCUUGUUCAGUUGACUCCAACGAUGCCGACACAAAUUCUCGACCUAUUACGAGAACUCAUCAAAGAGCGCUUUCAUGAAGCAGUGUGUCCGGCGCUCGUGAAGUACGUAGAGAAAGUUGCUGAUAUGACUGAUACGCUAGCUUCGAUAGAUGAAAUUGUACCAAAGAAGGAUAACACAGAUUCCCCAAAACUGGUCAACCAUGAGAAAGCUGCUUGGCGUUACGAUACCCGGGGUGUAAAGCUAUCAUUUAAGCGUACUAAUCCACGAAAAAAACGUUCGACACUAGAUAACAACGUGAAAGACCAUGAGAACAUUCAUAACGAGAUGGCAUCCGUAUCGUUGACAGAGGACUAUGUCAAUGAAAUGCUGACUGAUCUUAUGGAAAACGACAACGUCAUAUUUCAUCUUCAUCAUAUACCGGAAAUUGCGAAACUACUGAGAACACACUGUGAUGAAGACAGUCAGUGUCUCGGAUCUAUGGUGAAUUUGGACAGUGUGAAAGACGGAUCAGCUCAUCUCAACAGCCAUCCAGUCGCAGCUCCAUUCGUCGAGUUUGAGCACAACGCGGCAUUUCUUCACCUCGCACUCAGUACCGUACUCUCCUUUCAAAAUCGUGCCGCUCACCAUCGGAUACCGUACCUUCGACUCGAAACUUAUCUAAAACUGCGGAUUGCUGAUUUGCUGAUCGAUCCUAUCGAUGCUAGCGAAUACUAUAAAUGGUCAGCCCGAUACGAAAUAGACGAGCUCAAGGUAAUCAGGGCGCACACGGACUUCGAAGAUAUGAAAGUCAUUACGCGUGACUUGCAAGGUCUGCUGACACGACAUCAGUCAUCAGUUGAGGGGUUGCUCACGACACAUUUGAACGGGAAACUCCCACUACUACUCAAUCGACAUAUUCAUUUUCAAGCGAGGCCAGCGGUGUUUCGUCACCAUAGAGUCACAAUCCCAUUGGACUUCACGAUAGAGAGAAAGUUAUUCCCAACAUUUGAAUUCCUCCCUACACAGCAUGCAUCUGUAGCAACUGACUAGCUUUAUUGUAUCUCUAAAUUAUCAUUUUGCGAGAUUUGUUAUUGUUGGAAGCAUUCAAUGCGAGAGAUUUGCACUCAGCAUUGCAUAAGGAAUUCCUCAAUAGGAAAAGCAGCUAAAACACACCAUCGCUGGCAACCCAAUUGCACGAUGGGUCAAAUAUGCGUGGAUGCUCAACAUGAUACUCAUAAACGAUCUCUUUCGAUCUCAGCGCAUUAUGUGUGAUUUUUAGGUGACUAGAAUAAAAUUUUGAUUACA